AGGCGAAGGCGGUACGGGCGCGUUGCUAUGACGUAAGGCAGGCGUCGACGUCCAAACGCUCCGCGCUUGUAACGCGUCUUGGCGGCUCCUCGCGCACCGACGGGACAUUUGGCAAACACGACAGCGGUGGCCCUCCCGCCAUGGGACCAGAGCGAGUUUUCCCACCUUGUGAGGAUGACGACAAGAGCCCGCAUGACGGAGAUGCAGUCGCAGCGGCGGCGUGGAGCGGCGGCGAGGAGGAUCAGGAGGGCGAGGGUCCGGCCCAAGAGGUCCCCGCAGAUGAGGACGGGGGGGCGGGCUACUCGUACCAGCCCCUGAGUCAGGACGGGGACGACGCCGCGGGGGACGGCAAUCUCCAGCGUAGGAUGGAGGUGAUGGGUCUGCACCUCCCCGAGGCCCCGUCCUCUGACAGCGACGAAGACGACCCCGACGGCGCGGCCGCCGAGAGGAGCCGCGCCUCCAUCCCCAUGGAUGCCGCCCACGUGGAGCUGGUGAAGAGGACCAUGGCGGCGGUGGCUCUGCCGUCGCCGGGCGUGCCGGCGUGGGCGCGAGAGAUCUCCGACGACCAGUGGGAGGACGUCGUUCGGCGCACGCUGAGCGACCGCCGCGCCGCCGCUGGCCUGCGGCGCGCCGGCCUCAACGGCACCUGAGGAAAUGCCUUUUGCUCUUUGAUGUUCCACCUGGCUAAUGCGCACGUGACAAACAUCAAGAUUGACUGAGCUUCCUUUUA